UCUCCUCUGAAUAGCUGCGUGCUGCAGGAUGCCUUGUCUUUUAACCCUUCAUGUCUCGUGGCUCUGAUAACAGAGUUGCCGAAACGCAAUCAGCCAAUCAGCGCUCUGUGCCUGCAUCACGUGACCGCCCAGGAUGGCAAGAAGAAUGGACUAACAGGAACACACAGAGCACUCACAGGGAGACUUGUUUGUAAGUGGGACAAGGAAAUGUCUGAAGGACCUUGUCCUGACUUUGAUCUGAUGAAUGCUUUGGAUUGGAGUGACGGCGUUGCUACCCUUCCAGGCAGUCACAUUCAGUUUCGUCUUAACGAAUUUGGGACACUUGAGAUCAUCACUGAUUCUGAACCUGCUUUGACUUCCUCAGCAGCCCCAAGUAUCCAAAAUCCCAGCGCAACAGCCUCCAAUUCUGUACCACCAACCCUCGACAAAGAAAUUGAAAUCAACAGCAAAGGCAGAGAACGAGACAUGGAGAAGAAAAUAAAGGUGGAGGAGGGGGAAGAUGUGAAACCUCCCAGAGAGGACCAAGUUCCACCAACUACUUCCUCAGUACCUGUUGCAUGUACUGAUAAUGAGCGCCCUCAGCGACUGCGCAAAAAGAGGAAACUGCUCAUGGACUCAGGGGAUGAGGAAGAGGGAAUAGAGGAGGAAGAGGACAAAAUUAAAGGGAACCUGAAGAGUCGAAAAUAUUCAAGACAAAGUAAAUCAGCACCCACAUCCAAGAAAAAGACGUGGAACUGGGUCUCCUACCUGGAGGAGGAGAAGAUGCCUGCUGCUUCACUCAAACUUUUUAGAGAGCACCAGUCUUUUCCUCAGUCACGAAAUUGUUUUAAGGUUGGAAUGAAGAUCGAGGGAAUAGACCCUGAACAUCCCUCCUUGUACUGUGUUCUUACAGUUGUGGAGGUUCAAGGUUACCGACUGCGACUCCAUUUUGAUGGAUAUCCUGACUGCUAUGACUUUUGGGUUAAUGCUGAUUCCCCUGAUAUCCAUCCAGUGGGGUGGUGUGAGAAGACAGGUCACAAGCUUCUUCCUCCUAAAGGUUACAAGGAUGGUGAAUUUAACUGGGCUUCAUUUCUCAAACAAAGUAAGGCACAGCCUGCACCGAAAACAUUCUUUAAAAGUUACAAUACGCCUGUCACACCCUCUGGCUUUCGAGUGGGUAUGAAAUUGGAGGCUGUGGAUCGAAAGAAUCCGACCCUACUGUGUGUGGCAACCAUUUCUGAUAUAGUGGAAAACAGACUCCUUAUCCAUUUUGACAGCUGGGACCACAGCUAUGAUUACUGGUGUGAUGCCAGCAGUCCGUAUAUCAGGCCUGUUGGGUAUUGUCAAGAUUCUGGGACAACUCUGACACCCCCACCAGAAUAUAAAGAGCCAAAUAGUUUCUCUUGGGAAAGCUAUUUAGAGAAGACUGGAGCACAGGCAGCCCCUGCAAGAGCAUUUAAACCACGCCCACCACAUGGUUUCCAGCCUCAAAUGAAAUUAGAGGCAGUGGACCGAAGAAAUCCUAUGCUAAUCAGAGUUUGCAGUAUUAUACAAAGAGAAGAGAACCGCAUACAGCUGCACUUUGAUGGAUGGAACUCGCUGUAUGAUUACUGGGUGGAUGCUGACAGCCCUGAUAUUCACCCUGUGGGGUGGUGUGCAAAAACUGGACACCCUCUCCAGUUACCUCCAGGUAUCACAGACACCACUUCAGUGCCAGGGCAGGGCUGUCCCAUUGCUGGCUGCAAAGGAAUUGGCCAUGUGAGGGGACCAAGAUAUGGGACACACUAUACAGCUGUGGGAUGUCCAUAUUCAGAGAUUAAUCUGAAUAGAGAGAGUCUCUUGCAGGAUCGUCUUAGUGGAGAGCGGUCACCUGUUGCCCACAGCACCUCAAAAUCCAGAAGACCAGGAACUCCGAAUCCAACAACAGAAAACCUACCUGAGCACAACACAUCCAAAAAAUCUCCACCUUCUACAGAAGAACGAUGGGGACAGGCUAACGUGUGGGAGAUGGCAGAGUGGUUAGAGGAAGAGGUGGAAACUAAACCUGCAAAGAGGGGUGCUCAUACAUAUAUCCGCUUGCAGCUUGUGAAACAGGAAACUGAUGGGACAGACUCUGAUGUCCGUUUGGAACAGGCCCUUCACCAGUCAGUGUUUAUGACUUCCUUGUCCCCUGAUCCUGGCCAUCGAGUCCACCUUUGUUGGGAACAGCAGUGCCACCUGCUUCCUGAAGUAUCAUCAUAUACAGCUCAAAUGGUCAGCAAGUGGAGUGCUGAAGAGGUAUCUCAGUUUGUGCAACAACUCCCAGGUUGUGGUGAACAAGCCGCUGUUUUCAGAGAAGAGCAAAUAGACGGGGAAGCUUUCUUGUUGCUGACACAGAAUGACCUUGUGAAGAUUUUGGGCCUAAAAUUGGGACCUGCAGUUAAAAUCUACAACUCUAUUCUCAUGUUCCACAAUUUAGCACAGGACUGAUGGUCAGCUUCUUGAAGAGAAAAAGGGUGGAAGAAAAUAAGAUUAAUGAAAAUACAGCUCAAACUGUAAGACUGAAAAACAUCAGAGACUAAGUUUUAAAGCAAGAACUAUUCUACAUUUUGACUUGGAGACAAACUCUAUGAGGAUAAUUUUUAGAUAUAUGUAUGUAUGCGUAGUACAUAACUGGUAAAACAUGGAAAGGUUUUCAUGUGUUUGUUUGCCUAACUUGUGGUGCCUUAUUGCUUUUUAUUCCUUGGGAUUCUAACUCUGGGAUACGCUAAAGAACAUUAUUCUUUUGUUUCCUUACAGGAAAGACAACACUAUUUUAUUUGUUCACAUCAACCUGUGAUGGAAUAUUAGUGCAUCGCCACUAAUUAUGUUAUCUGCAUAGAUUAAAUGUUUGACAGACA